AAUUGUCGUGUCUUCUGACCUCUCAAUCGGUCGCAACAUGCAAAUUAAUAUUCUCGGUGUCCAGUCAUUCAUUAAUCCAGCGCACUAAAACUCGCCUUGGUCUGCAUGCAAAUGAAGCUCCGGGGGACUGACCAAUAAGUGUAUGGGAAAUCCUCAGGAGGGCGGUGACUGAGAGCUUCCAACCAAUCACAGCGGACAAGGCUGAAUAUUCUAAUAAGCAGGGAACACCUCAAUGUACAGCAACGUGAGGGGAAGAUUCAAAACUGAGAUGCUCAAACACUGUGCGACCGCAGCAAUAUGAGUAACAGAGACGCGUGUCGGGGGAAAACGCUCAAGCUAAAUGGGAAUUUAACGUGAUAAACGUCCACGGUUGAAGCAGAAGCAGGCGGACGCAGAUCAUAUUGAAAGGUUGAUUGCUUUUGUUCUGUUGGGAAGGUUGAGGAGCAUCCUGGUGGACCUCGGGAUUCCUCCGAAGAUGGAAGAAGAGCGCGGUCGGAAUAAAGAGCGUCUGGAGGCCAGUUUGACGUGGCUGUGUGAGCUGGAGAUACUGAAGCAGCGGCAGGAGAGUCUGGUCCUCGGUGCCCUGUCGCUCGGGGACUCCUUGCCGGGAUUCCCGGCUUGGGGUGAUGUGGGUCCGGCCCGCAGCAGCAGAGAGCAGGAGCAGCUCACUUUAAGACGACAGCUGAACCGACUCCAGGGCGCCCCCAGCCUGCUGAUGCUGGCACUGCAACAGCAGCUCAGUGAGUUGAGAUUGGAUACAGGACUCACAUGUGAGCAGAAUAAUGAGGAGGAUUUGGACAGUCCCAGUGUGUCCAGCUCAGGGUUUUAUGAGCAAAGUGAAAGUCUGUCUCCUCCACUGCGUUCCUGUUCCUCCCCAAACCUCAAUGUCUCCUGUCACAGGCCCAGAUCUGUGGACGCCUACAUGCUGGACUGGCAGGGUCAUAUGGAGCCCACAGUACAUGCUACCCUGCCCCGCUCUUUUUCUGCCCCAUACCCCCCACUGGAGGGUAUUGCCGAGGGAACAGAGGAGGAAGAAGAAGAUGAAGAAAGCCCUCAGUGGGUUACAGAUCAGAUAGCUGAUGGGAAUGAAAGCCUUACACCAGAGAUGAGCCUCAAUUCUGAUGCUGAGGCAGAUUCUGCAGUGAAGAUAGAUGAUGGCCCAACGGAAGAAGACAUCCAGCAGGCUAUGCAUGUGGAGAUUUACAUCCUGGGACUACUGCAGCGACGACACAUCAGAUCUACAGCAGAACUCAACUCUGAUCCCGAUCAGUGGCAUGACUUACACACAUACCCACCUAGUUUCCCACAACUUGACCAAUCGCAAUGGCAGGAAUGGGCAACUCUCUCUGAGGAAGAGAAUGAGCGUGAAUCCCAAGAUGGAUAUUACAUGAACCUUCCCAAUGCCCAAGUUGGACCAACCUCCCUAAGCAGUGAGGAGCCAGAAUCCUCCUUGGAAAUGGAUCAGUAUGGAAUCGAAGAAGUCUACACUAGCAGCAACGACUCCCUUCGGCAUCAACCGGUAUACAUCGAUCGGCAUCCCACAAUGUCAGACACCAUGAAACCCCACAUUCACACCUGCAGCAAUCACACCUACGUACCUACGUUGUCAACUCCCAAGUCCCGUGAGCAACACCAGCCCAUUCCAUCCCAAAAGUGGGCCCUUCUUCAGUCCCUAGCCAGAAGGAGUCCAGAGAAAAGGUGGACAACUCUAGGAGAGAGACAAACAAAGUCGACCAUCUGCUCUCGGUCAGAGGACAGUUGCAUCUCUCAAGGAUGGACCGCCCAACCGGAGCACAAAUAUUAUACGGUGGGACGGGACAUGGGCAGGUAUCAUAGUGACGAAUUGUAUCCAUCUAAUCAGCGUCUCUGGUGCUCCUCGGCAGAUCUCAGUCAAGAAGAGGAUGAGGGGAUAUUCAGAGAAGACGUGCACAAAUUCAGCCUAAGUCAGUUACCUGGCAAGUGCACCAGUGUUCAGUUCAUGGAGCAGGACCUGAGGGUGCAAGAGGCCGCUACUGCACCGACCGAUGGGUCCGACUCCAGUCUGAGCAAGACUUUCUCUCCAGAAACCAGUUCAGUGUCGAGUGACUCAGAUGAGAGCGGAGGGCUGGUCUGGCCUCAGCAACUGCCCCCUCACUUGCCCCCGUCCCCCUCUUCUUCACAGAUUCCCUCCAAUGCUGUGGUCAAGAUUAAAGCCUCACAUGCGCUCAAAAAGAAGAUCAUGCGAUUUCGUUCAGGCUCUCUCAAACUCAUGACCACUGUCUGAGUCUGGCCAUGAACAUAUCUGCCUAUUUAUAUUUUAAAAUUAAUUUGAGAGCUUUACGUAAUACGCUUCUUAAGCUGUGACGUACUGAAUAGGACUGGGACAAUAAAUCGAUGCAUCGUGAUUC